CGGUGGCAAAGCAAGCAGCUAAAAAGCCGCAACACGGCCAUUUUGUUCUAGACUGCAAGCAAGCAGCUUUAGGCUUUUGUAGGCCUCGUAGUUAGAGCCUUCCACGCCUCUCAUUAGCCUAAGUCCCGUCCGUCCAGCAGCUCCUGACGCCGCCAUUGCCUUCGCGUCCUCACUGUCUGAGAAGGUGUCCGCCGCCCGGCCAGUGCUCUCAGCCCCGCACCAGCCCGCUCUUCAGCCGUCGCCAGCCUUUUCCUCUGCACUCCGUGCACGUAAUAAUAUCGCAUGUCCUCUAUCCAGAACCUCAACUCUUUCGACCCCUUUGCUGAUGCAACUAAGGGUGACGACUUACUCCCGGCAGGGACAGAAGAUUAUAUCCAUAUAAGAAUUCAACAACGAAACGGCAGGAAGACUCUGACCACUGUACAGGGUAUCGCUGAUGAUUACGACAAAAAGAAACUUGUAAAAGCCUUUAAGAAGAAAUUUGCCUGUAAUGGUACUGUGAUUGAACAUCCAGAGUACGGUGAAGUCAUUCAGCUCCAGGGUGACCAGAGGAAAAACAUCUGUCAGUUUCUCAUGGAAAUUGGCAUUGUGAAGGAAGAACAGCUGAAGGUCCAUGGUUUCUGAGAUGUGAAUUCUAUCUUCAUUCUUUCCCGCCAAGACUGGCACUUUUGAAACAUGAAUAUUUGCAGUAGAAGGACUUUCAAUAUGUCUGAGCAUUCAACACUAGGUCCUCUUGUGCAUGAUUAUCAGAAGUGUGUAAAGAGUAGGCUAGUAACACAUAAAAAAAUAGCUGUGAGAUGGUAGGUUGGAACAUUGAGUUUUAGCGCAUUUCCAAUGGAAAUGUUUUAGUGCUCUGUCAACAUUUUUCCACUUGAUUUGAUGUUUUUGUUGUAUUAAAACAUGUUUGCUGCCUA